GUUGUUUACAACACAGAGCAGCUUGUCACAGUGAGGUUGAGCAGUUCAAGCGCUGAAUAGAAGCCAGAAGGGACCCCCAGUCAUGAUGGGUAAUCAGAAGGUCCUGAUUAUUUGGGUGUGGAUGUUGCUGUUGGCGUCGUUGUAUCCUUGGGCCAACUGCAGGCGUGGAGGAGGUUUUGGUGGCAGGGGUAAGGGAGUGGGUGUGCCAGCCAAAGCGCCUCCUUCCCAGAGCAAAGGCAGACAGGGCCUGAAGCUGGCCGGUGCUGCAGCCGCGGGGGCUCUCGGUGGAGCGGUCAUCGGCUAUGGGCUGGGCUCUCUGGGCAGACCGAGGUAUGGCUACGGCUACGAUGGCUCCUCAGAGGAUGACAGGCGCUAUUACCCUGAUGGACAGGGAUACUACAAUCGCUCGGACUGGCGAUAUUACAGGAACACAGGCAGCACGGACCAUGUGACCAGUGUCCUCAUAAUACUCGGAACAGUCACACACAUCUUUAUUUGGGGAUGAGUUACAGGGUUUGAGGCAAUUCUUGUCACAGAG